AUGUGUCGUGUACCAUCACUAUGUGCAAGUCUGGUUGAUAUUCGUCCGAAUACAACAUGGUUAAAGAAUGGUAUCACUGUUGCUGGUGGAAAUGAAAAAGGCAGUGAAACCAAUCAUCUGUUAUACCCAUUGGGUUUGUACGUCGACGAUGAUCAAAUGAUUUAUGUCGCUGAUCAAGAUAAUCACCGUAUUGUUGAAUGGAAAUCUGGUGCAACAAAUGGUGCAGUAGUUGCUGGUGGAAAUGGACAAGGAACUGGAGCUCAUCAAUUAUAUAAUCCAUUUGAUGUGAUUAUCGACAAAGAGACCGAUAGUCUCAUUAUCUCCGAUUACGGGAAUAAAAGAGUAGUUCGAUGGCCUCGUCGAAAUAGUACUCAUGGAGAAACAAUUAUUUCGAAUAUCGCUUGCAUCGGUUUGACAAUGGAUGAUAAUGGUUAUCUCUAUGUUGCUAACAAUGGGAAACAUGAAGUGAGACGAUAUAAAAUUGGUGACACUCAAGGAACAAUAGUUGCGGGUGGUAAUGGACAAGGAAAUCGUCUUGAUCAACUCUCUGAUCCCCGCUUCGUAUUUGUCGAUCGAGACCAUUCAGUUUAUGUGUCUGAUCAUGGAAAUCAUCGUGUAAUGAAAUGGGAAGAAGAUGCAAAACAAGGCAUUGUUGUAGUCGGUGGUCAAGGACAAGGAAAUAGUCUUGUACAAUUGAAUUAUCCUUAUGGAAUUGUUGUCGACCAAUUGGGUACUGUCUAUGUGGCUGAUUGUCACAAUCAUCGAAUCAUGCGUUGGCCAAAAGUAGCCAUCCAAGGAACUGUCAAUAUUGGUGGAAACGGUCAAGGAGCACAGUCGAAUCAACUCAAUGUUCCCGUAGGUUUAUCAUUCGAUCGACAUGGCAAUCUCUAUAUCGUCGAAUGGGGAAAUCAUCGAGUUCAAAAAUUUAACAUUGAAUAA